AUGGGGAUCGUCAGGGAUUCCCUGCCCCCUGUCCCAGAGAACAAGGAGAUCCGGGCCAAGAAUCGGGCUCGGAAUGAAGAACAGAAGAAGGUCAAGGAGGACAAGAAGGCAAAGGCUGCGAGGAAGGCGCAGCGGCGAGAGAUCUCCGGAAAAAACCACCGCGAGGCCGAGAAGGCAGGGGUGGCCCCACCCGACUCUCCUGAGACUUCGGUCUCGGAGAUUGAGGGUGGGGGAAGCAUUGCGGACUGGCUUGACGAGCUGGCGGAGGAUGAUGACGUAAUCCCCCCUGCCGGCGGGGGGAUUGAGAUCCCCGAGGGGUCGAAGGCCCGAGUGGGGGAGAAGACGUCGGGGGGCGGAUUCGAGGUGCCCCCUCAGCCGGUGGCGCCGGAGGGCCCAACUGGGCCUUGUCCGGCGUCUAGAGCGGAGGUAGGCGACUCGGUGGAGGUGCCGCGGGCCGGGACCACCGUCGAAAUCCCUGCACCCACUGCUGGGGAGACGGGGGUCCAGCCAACAGCUCCAGGCACUCUGGGAGGCCCUCAGGGAGUUCCGAGCUCCCAAAAGAAGGUCGUCCCCCGAGCGAGCCGAAAGCAAAAGGCGGCGCCAGUGGCGCUGGCCCCCCUAAAAGCCGUGAAGAGGGGGGCGCAGUCGACCCCUGGGUCGGCGAGGCCCAAAACGCCGCCUCCCCUGAACCGCGAGGAGGGGGAGCUCCCCCAUGUUGAGGAGGGGCGGGAGGCUGGGCGGAAGACGCCGGAUCCCCCGACGAAGGAGGGGAGGACGCCGAGGCCCCAGGAGGCAGAGGAGACGGUCGUGGCCUUUGAGGCUGUUCCCCCAGCGGGGGAUGUCAGCCAAGGGGGUCAUGAUCAUCAAGCCGAGAGGGGCCUGACCGAGGGGACGCUCAGUGUGGUGGCCACAGAGAGGCCCCACGGGAAAGCGCCGGCCCGGCCCGAGGCUCCAGCCAGAGAGGGAGGAGGGAGGAUGGUGCGGGGUCAAGACCCCGUGAUCUGGCCCAACCCUGACGACCCAGAGGGGAGGGCCAGGUUUGUGCUGGACGACCCGUCAGAGUCUUACCUCUGGCGGGGUCUUGAAGAAUGCGGGCGCGCGAGCGUCGAGGUGCUCAAUCGAGCAUCCGAGCUCGUUAGCCGCGAUAUGUUUAAAUUCGCCCAGGCGCUCCAAGCCGCUUCCUUGGAGAAAUCGACAUUCCUCCGAGGGGAGCGGGACGCCUGGGCGGCCUGCGACGACGAGAAGGCUGCGCGAGAGGCGACCGAGGGGGAGCUUGCGAAGGAAUGCGAUAUCUCUGGCGAGCUUCGGCAGAAGUGCUCGGCCCUCGCAACCGAGGCUCAGGAGGCCCGAGAAAAGGUCGCCCCCCUGGAGAAGAGGGUCGGGGACCUUACCCAGGAAUCCGAGGAGCAGAGGGAAGCGGCUGAGAGGUACAAGAGUUAG